AUGGCGUCGCCGACCAAUUCCACACAGCUGGAGGAUCAGGAGCCUCCUUACAACCCAUUACAGCUUGCCAUACUUGUAACUCUCUUCAUCAUUAUUGGGUUGUCUAUGCUUGUGGGCUACCUCUGGGUGAUUGUGACCGUGGCUCGCAAUUCACACCUCCGCACCGUCUCCAACUCCUUCCUGGCAAGCCUUUCCGUGGCUGAGAUUUUCACCGGAGUUUUGGGCCAACCCAGCAUAAUCGUUUUCGUAAACUUACAAACUUUCAGCCAGAUUUCCUACUUCUUCUCGGUCUGGGUAGUAUCUUUCUGUUUCGUGGGAUAUUUCUUGAAUGCAGUUCUCAUAGCGGCCGACAAGUGGUUCAAAAUCUCCCAUCCUUUUGUUUACGUCCGGAUGAUGACGCGGGCCAAGUGUGCCGUCUGCCUGGCCGUGGUUUGGGGGUUGGCCACGGUAGGCACUCUCCUUGGCGCGGUCGGUCAAACCUUCUUGUCCAACAUUUCGUUGGAGAAUUCAGACGCCGCCUAUACCUCUUUGGUUUCGGGGACUUUGGUCUACUUUUAUGUGUUUAUUUUACCUAGCAUAGUCAUCAUCAUGGUAUUUAACUGCUUGAUCGUGCGUAUUGCGAGGCGCCAGGCACGGGCCAUAGCGGCAGAUCUACCGGUCCCUCCCCGGCAGUUGAAUCCUGGUGAUCCCCAAAACGCUCAGGUUGAGGUCAACCAUCGCAAGAGCACCAAACAAUUCUCCAUCUUUCUGUUUACAUUUGUGCUGGCCUGGGUCCCCCUGGCCGUUAUAUUAUACGUUAUGAGCUUCUUUGGUGCCCUGUCCAUGGUGUCACUCAAUGUUGUAUUCUUGGCCUUUUCGACGGUCGCAGUGGGCCAGGCGGCAUUUGGAACUUUUAUUCUGACGAUCCUACAGCCCGAGUUCAGACAGAUACUGAAGCUGAACCUGCGAUAUGUGGGGAAGAAACUGCGUUGUUUCCCCCGCGGGAGCCAAUAA